AUGCGAACAAGCCUUCCAGCAAUUGAAACUCUAUCUGGGCAUGGCCCCCUACUGUCCAAGCCUGAGGAAGGCGAGCCUCUAUUCCUGUAUCUGGCAGUCUUAGCCUCGGCCGUUAGCUCGGCCCUGAUUAGAGAGGUCGGAGACAAGCAACAUCCCGUAUAUUACGUGAGCAAGGCUAUGGUGCCUUCAGAGACGAGAUAUCCGCCCCUGGAGAAACUAGCGCUCAGCCUCAUCAUUUCAACUCGGAGGUUAUGUCCGUACUUCCAAACCCAUUCGGUCAUUGUGUUGACUGAUUCCCCUCUCAAACAAGUCCUCCAAAGACCUGAAGUCUCGGGUCGACUAACCAAGUGGGCCAUCGAACUUGGCAAAUUUGACGUCCAAUUUCAUCCACGGAUAACGAUCAAGGGCCAAGCUGUGGCCAACUUCAUUGCCGAACUUACCAUACCAAGUGCAGAAGAAAUUAAAGCUGGAGUCGAAACGACUCCACCUGUUCCUCUAAGUGAUCAGAAGUCAAUGUCGGAACCAGGAUGGUACGCGAUCAGACUUGGCUUCAAGGCCUCGAACAAUGAGGCGGAGUACGAGGCUUUACUUGCUGGACUCAGAUUAACAGUGAGUUUGGGUGUCCAGUCUCUUCAGGUUCGAUGUGACUCUCAGCAGGUAGUAAACCACAUCUCCACUAAGUACGAAGCUAAGGAGACGAGGAUGAUCGCCUAUCUGGAUGAAGCAAGGAAAUUAAUUGAAAGAUUUUGGAGUUGCACUAUCCAUCAGAUCCCCAGAGCGAAAAAUUCGUGGGCCGACGCCCUAGCAAGGCUCACCUCAGCUACAGAAGGGAAAAUCCCACGAAUCAUCCCCGUUGAAUUCAUAGAACGUCCGAGCAUCGACCAGGCAGAAAAGAGGGAAGUCAAUUUGGUACACGCUACUCUAAGCUGGAUGGACCCGAUCUUUAACUACAUCACAUCUGAUGAGAUCUCCUCGGAUAAACUAGAGGCCAAGCACUUGAGAGUCCGAGCUGCACGGUACAUUAUCCUCGACGGUAUCCUAUACAGGAAAAGUCACUCUCAACCCUACCUCAGGUGCCUCCAACCCGACAAGGCAGACUAUGUUAUUCAGGAGAUCCACGAAGGAAUCUGCGGAAACUAUUCCGGCAGCAGAGCUUUAGCCCUGAAGAUACUUCGACAAGGUUGUGCCGAGAUAACCCGCAAAGGAAAUGACUUCCAUGAGCGGUCCGUGGCCGUUCGCUCAGGGCUCGGCAUCACAAAUGCAUAUUCUUCUCCUCGACACCCACAGUCCAAUGGACAGGUGAAAGCGGUCAAUAAGGUUAUCAAACACCAUCUCAAAACAAGAUUGGAAAAAGCGAAAGGUAAUUGGGCUGAGGAGCUUCCAUUCGUCCUUUGGGCCUAUAGAACGACAGCCCAGUCAUCUACCAGGGAAACACCAUUUUCGCUCUCCUACGGCUCGGAAGCAAUUGUGCCAGUAGAAAUCGACCUUCCCACUGCUUGGGUGAGAAACUAUCAAGGGAACCAAAACUCCGAGCAGAUCGCAGCUAACUUAGAUCUGCUUGAAGAAAUCAGAGACAUCUCGGCACUCCGAGUGGCUGCUCGACAUCAGCAGGUGGCACGAUUCUAUAAUUCCAAAGUCAAGGUCAGGCGGUUCCGCCCAGGAGACUUGGUCCUUCGCCGGGUCUCCUAG